AUAAGGUAAGCCAAGGGACCUUCACAUGGAUCGCGAACUUCGGCAGCCUAGCGAGCUGGCAGGGGGUCACCGCGGCGAUAAUCGCAUCAAGGCUGCGGACCAACUUAGGGAGGAGCAUAAAGGGACUCCAGUGGAUAUGGUUAAGAGCCAGCUCGACGGCCUCGACAACAGGCAGCCGGCGACGUUGUUAGGGGCGCUAGGGUUAUUGUCGACGUGCUGACGCGGACGGGAGUCGCGCAAAUCAAGGAGAUCCGCGACGCGCUGGAUGCUAUCAAGGAUAAGAUACAGAGGCGGUGAUCAAGGAGUGGGAAGACGUCAUCCUUAGCACGGAACACGACGAUGUCAAG